AUGUCUAGCGCCGUGUCAAAUGAAUCUGCAACUUUGCGGCCCCGUGCCGUCCCUAUUCAACCUAACGGGAGCUCGGAGGUGCCGCUUCCCCUUCCAGUGGAGAAGCUAGCUCAGGACACAAGUGGCCGCUCGACCCCUAUCGCCGAAGAUGCGCCUCCGUCGGCGCAUUCGAUCUCGACCGCGAGGAAGCAGGUCCGCGCCCGGAACCGCAUGUUUUAUACGAUAGACUACAUCCCUCGUGUGUCACAUUUCGACCCGGAUAGUAAUUACCAUAACUUCCGAGGGUUCUUUACCCUCUUCUGGAUCGGCCUGGCUAUCAUGGUCGGUACCAGCAUGCUACGCAAUCUCAAGGAAACCGGGUUCCCCCUGCGGGUGCGUGUGUGGAGCCUUUUGACAGCCAACGUGUGGAUGAUGGGACUUAGCGACGUGGCUAUGGUGAUCAGCUCGGCACUUGUUCUGCCUAUGCACAAGCUGUGGCGGAGUGGCCCGCAGUGUCUGCGAUGGACACGGGGAGGUAUCAUAUUGCAGAGUCUAGCCGAAGCGAUUUGGUUGGUGACAUGGAUCAACUGGCCUUUCAUGAUGCAGUGGACCUGGACAGCCCAGGUGUUCUUCACGCUGCACACAUUGACUAUUCUUAUGAAACUGCAUUCAUACGCCUUCUACAAUGGCCACCUCAGCGAGACUGAGCGCCGGCUUGCUUCGCUGGAUAAGCCGGGUGAAAAGUCACCCGACUCUGCGGCUGCAGUUCAUUACCCGGAGAUCCACGGACGUAGGCCAUCGUUGAAGCAGCAAGGCGAAGAUCAUCCCACGGCGCCCUUGGAUCGACUGCGUGAAGAUCUAGCCACGGAGCUCACAUCUCCCCUGGGCAACAUCUCUUACCCGCAGAAUCUCCAUGUCGCAAAUUACGUUGAUUUCCUCUUCUGCCCGACCCUUUGCUACGAGCUAGAGUACCCCCGCCGAGAACACCGACGCUGGGCGGAGAUUGGCUGGAAGACCAUGGCCGUGUUUGGUUGUAUCUUCCUGCUCACUCUGGUCAGUGAAGAGUACAUUCUUCCCGUUCUGGUUGAGGCCAGCGCCCAGCUCCAUCACUUCACCAGUGUCACAGACAAAGCCCUCGUACUUGCAGAGACCAUCAGCAUGUUGCUUUUCCCAUUCAUGAUCACUUUCCUGCUUGUGUUCCUUGUCAUCUUCGAAUACAUCCUGGGUGCAUUCGCAGAGCUUACCCGAUUUGCCGAUCGCCACUUCUACGCAGACUGGUGGAAUUCCUGUGACUGGAUGGAAUUUUCUCGCGAGUGGAACGUCCCAGUUCACCACUUCCUCUUCCGUCACGUGUACUGGCCCUCGCGGUGCACUUUCUCCCAGCCAGUGGCCAUGGUUAUAACAUUCUUGGUUAGCUCCAUCUUCCACGAGCUAGUCAUGAGUUGUAUUACCAAGAAACUGCGCGGUUACGGAUUCUUGGCUAUGAUGCUUCAGCUUCCCAUCGUUGCGAUUCAGAAAUCACGCUUCUUCCGUGGACGCACUAUCCUCAAUAAUGCGUUCUUCUGGUUCUCAAUGAUCUUGGGUCUAUCUAUGAUGUGUGCAUUGUACGUCCUUGUCUAG